GGUCCUGCUAAAAUCACAAGCUAUUCACACUAAGCUGUGUUCUUCUCCCAUUAUGUAAGAGGCACUGGGACCGAAGGCUUUGUUUUUUUUUUAUGAUUCCUAGUAAUGCCGAGGAGUGGCUGGAGGCCAGCUUUUGGCUGAUAUUUUCUGAUGGAUUUGUCAGCAAUCCAGGAGCUUUAUGGAAGAGACAAAUUCUCCCAUCUCGGCUAAUCCGCCCCUGAUAGAGAGGAUUUCCCUGCCAUUAAAUGAUAGCUUUUCGGAGUGGGGAAAAUGUGAGCUCUUCAGAGAAGCUGCAAGACAAAGAACUGCAUGCUUCCAAAGAACAAAGGAGAGCAAAUACAGCCAUCUUCCUAACAGAUUGGAGAAGACAAUUUACCAGACCUGAGAUGCCACUAGCAAUUUAUCAGGGUAAUGUUUGUCAUCAUUUUAAGUGUCUUGCUUUGCAUUCGCCCUGUCCACUCUGUCUGGGCCUGUGUCCGCUCCUGUCCCACCAGCUGCGUCUGCACUCAAGAGAGGAGUUGCUCCAUUCUUUGUGACCGUGCUGGCCUCACGCAGAUCCCCCGCGAGUUCCCCUGUGAGGCCUACUCUAUUAACCUGGAUAAAAAUAGCAUCAAAUUCCUCGCCGAGAGGGCGUUUGGUACCCUCCCAUCCCUCAAACUGCUCUCAUUAAGCCACAACAACAUCUCCUUUAUCACUCCUGGAGCUUUCAAAGGGCUAGCUAGCUUGACGGAGCUAAAAAUGGCCCAUAAUGAAUACAUUCGGUAUCUGCAUACCAGGACUUUCACGUCUCUCAAGAAACUUGUGAGGCUGGAUUUAGCAGACUGCAACCUUUUUAACAUCCCAGACAGGAUUUUUAUAGAAGUGCCAGCCCUUCGGGAACUCUUUUGCUUCCAGAACAACUUCCGAAGGAUUCCAGGAGCUAUAAGAGGGAUGGAGAAUUUGACCCAUGUAUACCUGGAGAAAAACAAGAUAGAAGCCGUGGCAUAUAAUUCUCUCCUGGGCCUGUCCCGACUAAAAUAUCUCAAUCUACAAGACAACAAAAUCAGUGUAAUUCAUGACAGAGCUUUUCAGGAUUGUAAGAAAGUGGAGUACCUUUAUUUAAAUGACAACGUCUUCAGUGACCUCCCUGAGAAUUCCUUUGAUGGUCUACUACGUCUCAAGAUGUUGAACCUUGGUGGUAACCUUCUGAGGAACGUCUCCAGUACCUGGUUCCGGGACCAGUUUGAACUGGAGGUUUUGUAUUUGGACAGAAAUCGGAUCAGCUAUAUUGAAGAAGGUGCUUUUGAAAACCUAACAAGCUUGGUGUCUUUGCACUUGAACAGCAACAACUUAACCACCUUGCCUUUCUCAGUCUUCCAACCUGUCUACUUUAUAGGAAGACUUUAUCUUUUCCGUAACCCCUGGGAGUGUGACUGCCGGAUUGAAUGGCUAAAAGAGUGGAUGGAAAGUUACAGGCUUGUGAGAGACAUUCCUUGUGUCGCCCCUUCCUCUGUAGCUGGGCUUGACUUAACUGAUGUUGUCUUUGAGAGAACAGCUGAAGGCUUCUGUCUUGAUCCAGAGGAGUUAAAUCUCACAACUUACAGCCCUUUUCCAACUGGAGAACCACAAUCUACCACAGAGAACAAGUUCAACAGCCUUAUCUCUAAAUUUCUACUCCAGAAGGGCCUUUCGGAAGAGGUGAUAAACACCACAGAAAGUUUUAUCAAUACUACCUUACUUGAUGGAUUGACUAAUGACGCAUCUGUUGGGCUAAGGGAAUAUAAUAUUGAGCUAAUGUGUUCUUUUAACAUUUGCCUAUUCGUAGUAGUUCAUGCAAUCGAGAGUAAAUAGCUCUCAUCAGUUUUAAUGUUGGGUGAAAUUUAGUUUUUGUACAAGAUAAGAACUAUUAAGGAAAUUGUUCAGUCACAAUGAACCAGGUACAAAAAGUCUGUGUGAUAGGUUUAGUGUAUAUUUACAUCUAGCAAUUUUGUAUGGGUCCACAUUUCAACAGAAACUUCCAGUUCAUGGAGACAACACACAUUUAAUAAUCUGGUACACUUAGCCUGAUUCUGGAGCCCCUGGUGAUGCAAUGGGUUAAACCCUUGUGCUGGCAGGACAGAAGACCGACAGGUUGGAGGUUUGAAUCUGAGGAGAGCGUGGAGGAGCUCUCUCUGUUAGUUCCAGCUCCCCAUGUGGGGACAUGAGAGAAGCCUCUCACAAGGAUGGUAAAACAUCAAAAAAAAACCAUCCCAGCGUCCCCUGAGCAAGGCCUUUGCAGAUGGCCAAUUCUCUCACACCAGAAGCAACUUGCACUUUCUCAAAUUGCUCCUGCCACGAAAAAAAGCCUGAUUCUGCCAUUACUCUUUCAAAAGAAUGACUCUAAAAAUCUGACCACCAGCAAUAAAUAUAAUUCAAACUUACAUUGGUGUUAGGAGAAGGUUAACAAUAACAACACUAAUAUUUAAUUACAUUUUGUAAUUAUCAUGGAUUUGUAGGGGAUAAAAAGAAAAAAAAUGAUUUAAUAAGAAAAUUUCAGGGAAUUGAGUUGGCUAAUUAGAAUUUCUUAUUGAGAAGUUUAUAUGGAAGUUGUGUGGCAUUUUGUUUUGUUUAUAUACAGAAUCCUAUCAUACUUAUUCAAAAGAGGAUCUCCAAUAGUUAUAAUUCUAAGAGAAACAAAGGGGAUAGUUUUACAGCACCUGGAAACCACACAUAUCACAAGAUGAAAAGUGUUAUGAUCCCACUGUUGCUAAUAAAUGGUUUCCUUUCCUCUCAGAGUUCUUAAAGGCACACUUCCCCAAUGUAUAUGCAAGUAUAUUUUACUACUUUCAAACAGAUUUCAUUUCUUUCGCCAUGCAUAUUUUCCCAGCUUAGCCUCCAGAGCAUUGUAUUGCAUUGCUUAUUGUAAUUGUCAUACUUGUGAGAUCAAGGGCUAGCAUAUCAUUGCCUUCA